CGGCAACAGGGCGUGUGACGUAAUUAGAGGGCGCCAAAUUUAGACGAGUCAGCCUCGAGAUGUAAGCGAGCUGUCGAUAUUCACUUUUAAACGACUCGCCGCCGCGACUGGAGCGCCUGUGCGAGAAAACUAAGUCCAAAUCACAUGGAAAUCCAAGCGGACAUCAUAGAGUUUAAAGUGCCAGUAGAAAACAACAAAACUUUGUUUGUGUGGAACAUCCUCCCCGGUCCCUCUGAAGUAUGGGUAUAUGAGUCUGUGUAUGCAGCAUUUUCUCACUUUGGUGCUCUCUUCUCGGUGCGGAUUUGUCCAAAUGCAGCAGUGGUGCACCCUGGGUAUUAUGCGAUUGUGAAGUUCUACAGCGCUGCCCACGCAGGCAGGGCACAGGAGGCAACAAAUAACACCGGCGUGUUUCAGGAGGCCCCUCUUAAGGUUCGUCUCUGCACCCAACAGAACCCUAGCUUUCUACAAAAUGUGCGACCACUCAGCAGCACGAAAUGCUACGACUUGGCGAAUUAUUACCUGGGGUUUAAUGGCUGGUCCUUGCGUAUUGUCAUGAUGAAGGACAUUUCCCAGUUGGAUGAGAAGGAGAAUUUGUCUUUACUUGAAGAGGUUCAGACCCCAACCCUGAAAUAUGGCUGUAUCGUUGAGUUAAUUUUCACUGAACAUCUGGUCAGGUGUCGAGGAUACGGAGUUGCCCAGGAGUUUGUGGAAAAGGAUGCCGAUCCUCUUGAAAAGAUCACCAAAAGAGCCAAGCUGCAGAAAUGGGCCAAGGAGCGGGCGGUGGCUGAUGCGUUCCAGAGAGUUCUGCUCAUUGUUUUGGGAAAUGGGAAGGUAGCUGUUGAGUGCCGCCCCGAUCCAGACGCCAUUGUACCGGACGACGAAGCAAGUGGAAUCAUCCAGGUGGCUGACAUUACUUGGAGUCAGUUUGAUCCAGAAGAUGAUGACGAUGAACUUCUAGCUGAUAUAACCUUAAAUCUGACUUCUGAAUCGUGAUGCGGCUCGUUGGUUUUACUCCUCAGUUUCUCCCUUAAGAAGGCACGGCGCCCUGGAGGAGGACCUCGUUCCCUUCAGUACGGUGAAGUGCCAGCUUUCCAUUUUUACGUUUUUCUAGCAAUUAUAGCAGAAUCAAAAUAUCCGAGUUCUCCGACUCACUCAUAUUUUGUGAGAGACAUUAUCUUAAUACUUCUGACUCACAGCUGCAGGUUGUCUUUUUAAUGAAUAAGGGGGCGGAAAGGUUAAUUGCAGAUGACUUGGUGUGUGACGUCAAAUCUUGAAAAUAUCUUUGUAAAUAAACAGGUGUAGUAUUUAAAACUGUUAAGGCC